AUGGCAGAAGUGAAGCUAAUAGGAACAUGGCCUAGUCCAUUUAGUUACAGGGUCAUAUGGGCUCUGAAACUGAAGGACAUACCAUAUGAGUACAUAGAAGAAGAUCUUUCCAAUAAAAGUCCCAUGCUUCUGCAGUACAACCCUGUUCACAAGAUGAUCCCAGUGCUUGUUCAUGGAGGAAAACCUAUCUGUGAGUCAGCGGUAAUCCUUCAAUACAUUGAAGAGGUGUGGCCGCAGAAUCCAUUGCUGCCAAAUGACCCUUAUGAAAGAGCUGUGGCACGGUUUUGGGUUCAAUUUGCUGAAGAUAAGGGUCCUUGCAUCUGGAGAUUGUUUCGAACCACUGCAGGUGAAGAACAAGAGAAGGCCAAGAAGGAAAGCUUGGAAAUGCUGAGAGCCCUUGAAGAGCAUGGCCUUGGGGACAAGAAGUUUUUUGGCGGAGACAAGAUUGGAAUAGCAGACAUAGCCUUUGGAGGUGUCGCUCACUGGUUGGAAGUGAUCGAAGACUUAGUAGGGGUCAAACUGAUUGAAGCUCACAUAUUUCCUCGUUUGCAUGCAUGGACCAAAACUUUUAAACGAGUGCCCAUAAUCAAAGAAAAUCUUCCUGAUUACAGUGAGAUGUUACUGUAUUUCAAGAGGCUAAGGGAUAACUUUCUAGCAUCCAGACGACCCUGAAAGCACCUGGAACUUUGCUCUAUAAUUUGGGCUUUCAUCAGUGUUCUUUUGAUGAUCUACAGAUUGGCGGGCCUAGGUUAGGCCUACAGUAAAGGAUCCCAUCAUAGUUGUUAACUAGUAUUAUUAUUUUUCUAUGUUUUUGUAUUGUGUAUGGUAUCUUAUGGUGUAUCAUAGGCUUAUUUUAAAAUAAAAAAUAUAUGUAUUUACAUCUA